UACCUCUUUGGAACCUAACAAAUCAAAUAGAAAUAAUAGAUGUUGAUAAAUGAAUAGUUUGGAUUUAUUUCAAAUGAUUUUGGAAAAUCUUUUAUGUUGUUUAUCUUGUCAGCUUAUUUUAAUCGUUGCUAUAAGAAUUUGUAAUUUAGUUAUAUGAUUUCCUCAUUUUAUAAUUAUUUAUUUCUAUUUUAAAGUCUAUGCUUUUUGAUUUCAUACAUAGGAAAGUCGUGCAUUCCAAGAAAAUUCAAUAAAUUAAAGGAAGACUCCAAAUCAGAGAAUUGA